UAGAUAGAGUUGGCUGUUCGGAGAAAAGGUGGGAGGAGUAUUAGGGUUUGCAAAUGGCUAUGCCGUUAGAAAAGAGAAAUAAAGUUAUGGAUAUGCCGAUCUACCUACAGUUUAUCGACGGUGACGUUGGAGGUGGGUAUCGGUGGUAUGUGAUCGAGGAGAAAGAAGCAGCAGCAGCAGCAGCAGCAGAUGUGUUGGGGGAGGAACGCUGGGUCCUUAAAAGUGAUCAAGAUAGAGUCAGAGUUCUGAAUCUUCCCAAACUAGAGGAUGGCCUUAUCAAAUAUACCAAUUUAGCAGUCGCCGAGUCCCGUUUAUUCCUCGUCGGUGGUCAUGUUGAAAGCAGAGGAGAUGAUGGCAUCCGUAUCGAUAAGAACGGAAUUCUCUACAUUGACUUGCAGCAGCCGAAUCCCAAGUCUUGGGAGAGAUCCAAAAUUCCAGUUUACACCAAUGUGCGUGGGGCGGCCGUUUCCGAUAACGGCGAUGAGAUCUAUGCGGUGGCAGAUGGUAUGGUGCUCCGCUUCAACUGCCGCCUUGUGGACAAUCCGAAACUCGUUCUCCCUUUGCCCGGUGAUCUGCCAUGGUACUUGCUUGCUGCAGCUGGGUCCGGGUCCAAGAUGCUCCUGUAUUCUCCUCCGCGCCGUGGCAUAUCGGGUAAUUUCGUCUUAUGUGAUUUGAAAUCUUGCUCUUGGGAGAUGAUCCAUAGCUUUUCCUUGGACACGGAUCCCUUUGCAGACCGGUUCCGGUGGUGGACCACCGGUGUGCUGGUGGAAGACUCGUUUCUGAUAGUCUUUGGACGUUGCCUUCCCUGGACUAGGGAAUAUCGUCCGGCAUUGUAUGUUUAUGAUAUUCGUAGGAUGGAAUGGCUCCCCAAACCAGUUCAGGGACUCGCAAACAAUGGCAUCGUCCUUCCCGACUUGAAUGGUUUAUGGCCUUUCUCUUACUCAGCGCUGAUGCAAGUCCGGAGAGAUGAACUCAAAUUGGCUUUGGUUUGGUCCAUCCCCAAUAACGACGACGCCGUACAGACUCAAGUUCAUUGGUCCAAAUUCAUACUCCGCAUCGAUAAAAAUGAUGAUAGCCAAGACAUUCCCCCAACCUUCCACGCUCAAGGCUUGUCUUCUGGAACCUGUUAUGGUGGCAAUACCUAUUUGAUCAGGAGCAGCGUUGGAGGAUAAGAUUGUGACUGCUGGAUGGCCAGGUUUAUCACAAGUUGUCUUUCAUGGCUGUCCGAUAUGUUGCAGUGGAGGGGAUUCUUCAGCUUCACAAGUUGCCUAAAUCCUUCUAGGACACUGUUCAUAUGGUGUGGAUCUUGCGGAACAGUUGGCAUCCAUGCUGCAGAAUGAACCUUAGUAUCACCAACUCAUGACUUAUAACAAGCUGAUCCCUAGCUUCCUUGAUCGCCUCAUUACCUUGGGGUUUCCCAGGACAAGAAUUUCCAAGGUCUCAACCUGAGCAGCUUUGAUGGAAACAAGAAUUAUGGCGUUGGAAUCAAGGAACAGAGUUGAAAUACGAGAUCUAGGCAAGCCGCUACACCUUCGGUGCCUUUCCCUUUUUCGAUAAAGAACUACUGAUAUAUUUGGCAGCAUUUCGAGUAACUCCCUCAACCUCGAGUUGUGCCAGAGUGUGUUUCCGGAGAGCAAAUUUGAUCUUGGCAAGGGCAGGGGUAUGGAUGUUUGCAUCAAAACAACUGCUAAAACAGAUAAAGAAGCUCAAACACUCUUGGCUCUAAUGGGGAUGCCGUUCAGAGAAUCUGGCCUUGUAACCGAAGUACAAAAGAAGAAGCUUAGGUUUCACCAUUUCAAUUGAAAGGGAACCGGAAGAAAAUGAGUUCUCACCUCUCGGAGAUAGGAUCAUUUUGCUGUUUAGUUUUGUAUUUUGCAAUGUUCAGUCACCAAAAACUGUCCCUGUAUGUUAAUAGUGUACAAUGAAAAAUGAUCUUAUUAUUGUUGUGUAAGUGUAA